AUGUUUUCACCAUUAGAUAUCGAUCUUCAUAGUGAAAUCGUAUUAUCAGGCAAAGAAAGCGGCUCAAUCCACAAUUUUUACAACUACGCGUCAAAUUCAUACUUAGCUAUGAAAGAAUUUUGUGCAAUCAGCGAUCGAGAUUUAUCAAGACAAGAAUAUUUGAUUUAUUAUUCAGGAAUUAACAACGUUGAGCGUCCUAUUUGCUUACUAUUAAAGGAUCAAAAAGUAAUCCUCGAUGAAAAUGAGACAAUCAUUGAUACAAUCGAGAUAAAUUCACGUACAAAAAUUACAUUGAGCGAUGCACGCCAAGAACCAAUGUUCGGAAUAUCUAACAAGAUGGGCCAAAUCAUUUGGUUCCAGUCAUUUGAUGUAAUAAGUGUUAUGCAGUGGUUUUUGGCAUUAUAUAUCACAAAAUACUAUGUAACAGAAGAUCAACAAUCCGUAAUCAACAAAAUCAAGCUAUCUAGUACAAUCGAAGCAAUUCCUUCACCUGUAAAACCUUCACCUCAAAAAGUUGUUCAAAAUUCUCUCGAAACGCUUACUCCUGUUCGAAAACAACCAGAAACCACUCGAGAAUCACCAGUUACAUCUCCAUUUACUACUCCGAAGAAGGAAACCCAUAAAGAUGAACUUAGAAAACAAAAUGAAUCUUUAUUAACUGUUUUAAACUUGAAACAAACGCAAUACAAAGAAAGGCAAUACUUAUCACAAGAGAAAGACCCAGAGUUAUACCCUCCACAACUCUAUAAUACAUCUGAAAUCAAAGAGAAUGUCGAAUUCCCAGAAAUUGAGAGGAAAACGAUCAAUGAUGUUUUAAUUAGAUCUAUCGUUCUCGAGUCAUCAGAAAUUCCGAAAAUAUCUCCAUCGCAUUACUUUAAGAAUCCUAUAGCUAAUCCUGGAUUAUACAGAUUGAAUUUGAAUUAUAAUCCAGAAAGUAAUUUGCUUUUCAUCAAUAAGUACAAGUCCGCUGACCCCCAAACAGCUUACCAACUGUUAGUCAGUAUGGUUUUGUGCCAGUUCAAUGAUAAAUCCAUACUCGAAGUAUAUAAUGUUCAUGAUUCGACUUCAAACCAACAGGGACAAGCCAUGGCAGUUGUAGAUCAUUACAAAAGCGAUCUACCGGCUUAUAUUCUUAGCCAUCCCGAGAUAUUGACUCAUUACAGAGUUUCUGCAAUUGUUUACGAUACGAAGUUACUUAAGGAACUUCCGAAGAAGGAACUACAAAGAGCAAUUAAUUUCCAACCUUUGUAUCGGUUUCCUCAUGAUCCAAUUCGAGAUUUAAGACAUUCAAUGAAUUACGCACUCCAAAUGGCCAAGAUAAGAAGAUUUAAUCCAAUCAAGGUCUUCCAAGACUUUAGCCGCGCUUGGAUUGCUGUUUUUCAGAAUCAUUGCAAAUUUAAUCUCGAAUCUUUCUUCAUUCGUAUUUCUUCUGAUCAGAGACAGAAUGAUACAUGGGCAAUCUUCAGAGAUGAGACAGAAUUGAAGCAGAAAUGGCCUCUUUUUCUUCUUCAUUCGAUGAGAGACGAAAAAGUUUUAGAAAAUCUCCUCCUAACGCUAUCGAAUAAGUCCGUUAUUAACGCUUUUUACGACGAUUGCGCCCAAAUUAGAAGAGAUGAAGUUAUUGACGAACUCGUGUUUUACACGUGCAUUUUCGCCAACUUUUACAUCAAAAUAUCCAAUAAUGGAGUUGUUGAGUCACCAUUAUAUGGCCCUCAGUUCGAAGCAAUCUUCAAAUAG